CCCGCUCUCGCCUCCUCCAUCCCAUCGCGCCACGCGAGCUCGAUCGAUCGAGGUGUGUACACAAGGUGUUCGACAAUGGUGAAGCUGGCGACGGCGAGGGAGUGCCGGGCGUACGGCUUGGGCGGCGGGGGGCGGGCGGCGCGGGGGAGGUGGGAGUACAUCAACGCCGGGGCGUACGUCUUCGCGGCGGUGCUCCUAGCCGGCGGCUUCGGGUGGCACCUCUCCGCGUGGUCCGCCACCACCAGGUCCGGCCUCGCCGCGGCGGCGCUCGGGCUCCUCCUCCUCCUCGCGGUGAACGCGCACGACCUCCUGGCGCACGCCGCCGGCGUCGACUACAGCCUCGCACUCGCCGCCGGGCUCGACAGCCAGUUCGCUCUCGUCGAGGUCGCCGUCCCCGCCGUCCACUUCGCUGGCACCGUGCUCACCCUCAUUGCGCUCAUCUUCUUCGAGAUUCAGAUGGCAAGAGGGUACAGGCACAGCCUAGAGAAGCACGGCCUGAACAUGCUCAUCGCCGGGCCGGCGCUGUGGUUACUCGGAUCCAUACAAAACAUCUGCCAGGUAUACGAACGCGCCAACGGGCAUGUCCAGAUCCUCCAGAAAUGUGUCCAAACGCCGCUGCUGCUAGGGAGCACGCUGUUCUUGAUCGGCGGCAUCAUCAACCGCCACGACAUCCACAGCCAAUCGACAUCCCGUUCAGAGCUACUGGGGAGGAGCUGGGGAUGGUUCUGCGUCUCCGGCAGCCUGCUGUUCGUCGCGGCGGGGCUGCUGAACCUCCUCAAGGUGUUCAAGAUGCAGCAGAUGGACGGGCGGGGACUGGAGAAGCUGCGCGGCGGCGCGCAGGAGCGGCUGAACAGGGAGAGGGAGGGCAAGGUGCCCCUCAUUCUUGAGGAAGGCCAGAGGAGGACCCCGGCUCCGGUGUCGGGCCAGGUCCCGCCGCCUCCGGCUGGGUCCUACAAGGAGGCCGUCGUCAGCGGCGCGCCGGCUGGCUAGCUAGCUAGCUUAGCAGCUGCACUGCACUGCACACAGUGUAACGAUGAGAAUAAGGGAGGUGACAAAACAAGGUGCCAUGCAUUACUGCCAUUGCCACACUGUAAUUUCGUAUUUGCAGCUGUCACGUACUGUAGACUGUCUGAAACUUAGAUGUGUGCCUGUGAAUUUAUGGUCGAUAUAUUACAUGGUGUAAUAAGCUUUUUGCUCUCCUGCAUAUAUUUGCCAAAUAAAAUCAGCAUCAUCAGCCUAUAUAUGCAAUGAAGGUUUUCACUGUC